AUGCCUCGCCAACUGAUAGAUUUCGUCUUGGUUGGCAUCUUACCCUUGACCAUAUUGGUGCAUUUGUAUCUAGCCCCUUAUACCAAGGUCGAGGAGUCGUUCAACAUACAAGCCAUCCACGAUACUUUGAUCCACGGCAUUCCGACACGCAAUGCUGCCGCCUUUUUCAAGUCUCAUUAUGAUCACUUCACCUUUCCUGGACCUGUGCCUCGCACCUUUGUUGGUGCUGUCGUCAUGUCCGGCUUGACCAGACCAUUACAGAUUAUCAUGAAUAUACUAUCACCAGAAGAUAUUGACAAGUUCACCUUUCAGGUUGCCGCCAGAGGAGUACUUGGACUGCUCAAUGCAGCAUCUCUUAUCCAAUUCAAGCGUGCAAUCGACACAGCGUAUGGCAAUGUGGCAGGACGAUGGUAUAUUCUACUUCAAGCCUCUCAAUUCCAUGUCGUGUUCUAUGCAUCUCGCACUUUACCCAACAUGUUCGCUUUCAGCAUUACAACAUUGGCAUUGUCCAACCUCAUCUCUGCUCAGUCGGUUGCAGCACGUACGCAAAAGAGUUCCAAACGCCGGCGUCUGGCUCUGUAUCUUCUCACCGCUUCGGGUAUCAUCUUCAGAUCAGAAAUAGCAAUCUUGUUGGCCAUGCAGACUUUGUAUCUGCUGCUACAAGGUCGAGCUUCUUUGGUUCAGGAGGUCAUUCCUGCCGGAGUCUUGGGUGCCAUCAUCGGUCUUGGUGUGACUGUCUCGGUCGACUCUUACUUCUGGCAACGCUUCCCCUUGUGGCCGGAGUGGAUAGGCUUCGUCUACAACACCAUCCAAGGCAAAUCUUCCGACUGGGGCGUGAGCCCAUGGUACUUUUACUUUGGCAAUGCCAUCCCUCGUCUUUUGCUGAAUCCAAUCUCCUGGUUACUUUGUAUUCCGCUUGCUCUAGUCAAUCGCGCCACCCGAAAGACCAGCUUGGAUAUUAUGAUUCCUCUUCUCACUUUCGUGGCCAUAUACAGUGUCUUGCCUCACAAGGAAUGGCGGUUUAUCAUUUACACAAUCCCUGGACUUACAGGUGUAGCGGCUGCAGGAGCAUCGUGGAUCUGGACUCGCAGAUCAAAGACCUACCUCUACCGUCUCUUGAGUCUUGGUCUCGUUGGCUCUACUCUGCUUUCUUUCGCUGGUAGCUUGGGCUUGCUUUACAUUUCUAGCUUGAACUACCCAGGAGGCGAAGCUCUCGCUCGUCUCCAUGAGAUUGUGCCUAGCAGUCACCAGAGUCAAACUUGGGUAUACAUGGACAAUUUGGGCUGCCAAACCGGCGUAACACGGUUUCUGGAAAAGGACGCCGGAUCAAAGUUCAUGUACGACAAGACGGAAAACCAAAAGACACUGCUGGAUCCAGGCUUCUGGCAGAAAUUCGACUAUGUGCUUGCCGAGGAUCCUAAACGCAUCAUCGGUAGUUGGGAGGUAAUCGAUGUUGUGUAUGGAUACUCUGGGAUUGGGUUGGGCAGGUUGGCUGUAGAUCAAGAUAGUGCGCCUGCUUUCCCUGCACGCGGUAUCGUUGCUCAGCCUCUGAACAUCCUACUGCAAGUCUACAACAAGGUAGCACGAACAGCAAGUCAGAAGUUGACAGGCGGACGUUGGCCCAUUGUAAAGAUGGAACCAAAGAUACACAUUUUGAGAUCACAGUAG